GUCUGGAGUACAAACUGGAGUAUAAGCGCGGGGGAGGCAAGCGUAGAGAGAGGGGGCGAGGGCCAUCGGUGUUCAACCAGUACAACAACGAGCCCAACUAUAGCAGUAGCGGGGGUGGGGGUUCUAUGCUGUGGUACGGCAUGCUGGCUAUGGGAG